CCGAGAAAGAACGAAUCUUGUAUUGGCGUGAGCACUUAUUCCCUAGUAUCUUAAUUUGGAAAGAAUACAAACUUUUAAUUGUUAUCGGAAGAAUAAACUGUUAUCAGGAAGAUGAGGAAAUGAUGAUGAAGAUGAUGAGGUGAGAUAAGGUAAGAAGUUUUCAAUACGGUUAUCUUCAUCUUCAUCUUCAUCUUUCUUUUUCUUUUCUUAUUACUUUAAAGACUUCACGGUGGAGAUGCUUCUCUCUCAUACUCUCUCCCUAUCUCCCUCGGCCUGAAAUCAUUUCAAGGUUUACCAUUAUUUAAGAUAAUCAUCAUCCUCAUCUCCAUCAGAUUGUCCCUUAGGCGCAAUCAAAAAACUUUACUUUUCUGAUUCAUUUGAAAUUAAGUCUUGAUCUAAGAAAGGUGAAAAUGUCAACAAUAACAUUAACAACAAGUGCAUUAUCAACUCAUUCAAAAACAAUGUCAGCUAAUUUAACUAAUUGUGGUGUUUCAAAGUUACCGUUCAAAAGUGUUUCUCCUCUCGCAGUUUCAAUUAGAGAUGUUAAUUAUCAAACCAAUCAAAGUGAUCCUAUUUUGUUCAAUGUUAAUCUUUCAAUACCUUCAUCCACAAUCUAUGGGCUCUUAGGGCCAAGUGGCUGUGGCAAGACAACGUUGUUGCGAUCAAUUUUGGGCUAUUUAGAACCAACUUCGGGAACAAUUAAAUUAUUCGGUUACUCUGUUGCUAAUUGUAAGAAAUUGAUCUCAAUUCCUGGUUCCAAUGUUGGUUAUAUGCCCCAAGAAGAUGCACUUUAUGAUUUCAUGACAAUCAGUCAAUUGUUUCGAUACUUUGGUCGAAUCUAUCAAAUGAAUUCAUCAAAAUUGAAUCAACGAAUUCGUGAACUUAUUGAUAUCCUCGAAUUACCUGAUGCCAACCAAAGGAUAAGUUCAUUAUCAGGUGGGCAAAGACGCCGAGUCUCAUUUGGCUGUGCUCUGGUUCAUUCGCCGUGUUUAAUGAUUCUCGAUGAACCAACAUCAGGAGUUGAUCCAGUUCUCCGGGAAAAGAUCUGGAAACUCUUACAGUUAUUAUCUUCCACUCAAGGUACAACUAUAAUCAUCACGACUCAUUACAUUGAAGAGGCUCGAAGAUCAAAUAAUGUCGGUUUCAUGAGGAAAGGCUCCGUUUUACUCCAAGAUAAUCCUGAGCAAUUAAUGAACAAGAUGCAAGUGAACAAUUUAGAAGACGUUUUUCUAAAAAUUUGUCUCAAUCCCGAUGAAUAUACCAACGGCCAAUAUGGUAACAAUUUAAUUUUAUCAGCAAACGAAACUAACUCAUUAACUUCAGUGGCUUCAGGUGAAAAUGUCAACUCAACUAAAUCAACAUUUAAAUCACUAAUCAUCUCAAUGAAAACCUGGUUAACAAUUUAUUUUGCUUUAGUGAUUCGGUUCAUUAAUCAUGAAGCUCUUGAUCCAUUCACCCUUGCAUUUCAAUACUUUAUCCCGUUAAGUCAAAUAUGUUUGCUCUGUAUUUGUAUCGGUAAUCAACCUCAUCAUGUUCCCAUGGCAGUGGUCAAUCGUGACGACUGGUCAAACAGUUUAUCAACAAUUUAUCUCUCAAUGUUGAAUGAAACAACUUUGGACAUCAAUUUGUACAAUGAUUUCGAGGAAGCCUUUGAUUCAGCUUAUUCAUUAUCUAAUUGGGGUGUGAUUGAAUUUCCAACCAAUUUUUCCCAAUCAUUUAUUGAUCGAUUUACUUCAAUGGAGGUUAAUAAUCAAGAUAUAAUCAAACAAUCAACAAUAACCUUUCAUGCUGAUUUCACUGAUCCGAUUGUUGCAAUUUCAUUGGUUCGACGAUUAAGAAAAUCAUUAACUCACUUGGUUAAUGUAAUGAUCUCUCUCUCUUUACCUGAUAUUUUGAAUCUUAAAUUUUCAUCUUUCAUCGCUAAUCCCCCAGUUCAGAUAAAAGAAGCGAUAAAAUCUUCCCUUAAUUUUAAUGAUCGCUAUGAGAGAGCUGAAUUAUCUGGUCAUCUUGAUUUUAUCGCCCCUGGAAUGAUAAUCAGCAUCACGUUUGCUGUUUCUUACGCAACUGUAGCAUUUAACUUAAUCACCGAACGAACCAAUCAAACCUUUGAACGUAAUUUAGUUGCAGGGGUCAGUUCAACUCAAUUCUUGUUCGCUCUCUCACUGGCCAGAACUUUAUUCAUGAUUCCAUAUUUUUUCUUGGUCACUUUCUUACCGAUCAAAUUGUUCCAUAUUCCAACAAAUUUGAGUUCAGUUCUCCAUUCAGUUCCUCUUCUCAUGGCCAUGAACAUCUCAGGUAUUACCUAUGGGAUGUUUCUCUCCGUUGUCUGUGAUAGACUUGAAUCUUGUGUCAUGGUCGCUGCAGCUUCUUUGUUCAUCAUUAUCUCAGUCUCAUCAAUCUUCUGGCCUUUCCAAGCGAUUCCAGCUUAUUUCAAAUGGAUCUCAGCAAUUAUCCCAACCACUUCAGCUUCGGCAACAAUCAGGAAAAUAUUUUAUUCCCAUUUAACUUUCAAUGACUAUGAUGCACUUCACACUUACGCUAUUGUUACUUGCUGGGCAAUUGUAUUCUCUAUCAUUGGUUCAAGAUACUUUAGAAUCAAGUGAUUUAAUAACAAUUAACUCAGGUAACACAAUCGAUUGAUUCAGAAAAAUAUUCUGUCUGUUACAUCUUUUCAUGUAACAUCUUAGAUCAUCUCUAUCAUUGAGUUACAUGUAUUCCAAGGUCAUCAUUACCUGAAAACAGUAAUUAACUUAAUUGUUAAAUAGAAAAUUAAGUAACAAUUUGUCUAAAAUCGGAAAGUUUCCAUUAACUAGUCAAUAGAAAUCGUACCUUGAAUUGAUUUGAUUACUUCGAUGCUCCUUAAGAAAAAUUUUCCAUUGUCUCUUUGAUUAAUUUCAGUUAAUUACUCUCAAGGUUCUGUUUUGAUUUAAUUGCCUCAACUUUCAUAAUUGUGCAAAACUGCGAUCAAUUUGAUCGUAAUUAAGUCUCACCAGCUAAGAAGUAAUGAUAAUUUUAAUUGUCUCUCCCGCUCAUUUUGCUAUUAUUAAUUUUAAUGAAAAACAUUGUAAUUAUUUAUUUUAUCGUCUAACAAUUACUAAAUUGUUACUGUCUGAUUGUAUCAGUUAUGAGAAAGAAAAUUAAAUUAUCAUUAAACUUCAAUUGUAA